UGGAUUCAUUUCUAAUCAGAUUAUUAUAGGUUGCGGUGUUAGUGCUGUGUGGUACUCUGUGUUCUUGAAAAUUUUGUUUCAAAAAGAAUUUGAGUGAAUGAAACAUGUGUUAAUUCCGACAUAGAUUUAUAUUUGUUAAGUUCCAAUUUCAACGGUCAACUCAAGAUGUGGUACAAGAAAAUUAUUAUUAUUUCAACACUUAUCCCGCUGUUCAACAGUCAAUUGUAUUUCCCAGACGAACAAACAGGUGGUUUUAAGCAAAUGCAAAAUGGUCGAGAAUUCGCAGCGGCAUCACCGGUUUCACCAUCAUUUAUAAACAAUUUAACAGAACUCCGAGGCACCUCAGUCUAUGAACAAUACGUAGAUAAAAUUAUAGCAUCAGGAGUACUUAAACUAACUCUGGAUGUACAGAAGGCACUUAUUGCAUCAUCACCAAUCGACUACAAUAACAUUGUUUACUCUCCAGUAAAUAUAGCUGGUGCGUUAGCUUUAGUUUUGUUAGGAUCAAACGGCAAAACCUUUGAAGAAGUUUCAACUAUAAUGGGUUUAGCAACAGGAGUUGACAUUCAAAGCAAAUCUCAAAUAGUUCAUGAACAAUUUGGCAGAAUGCUAGAAAAGCUGCAAACAACGUCCGGCUUUGACAUUGGUCGUCAAGUCAAUUUUGCAACAGCAAUUUUUGUGCAAAACAACUAUCCGAUUAGACAAAUCUAUAAACACACAGCCGAAGCAGUGUAUGACAGCGAGGUCUUAAAUGUCGAUUUUGCCAGCAAUCCAGGAGCUGCACAACAAAUAAUAAAUGCAUGGGUGUCCGAAAGAACGAAAGGAAAAAUCAACGAUAUUUUAGGUGAACUUCCAUCUGGGGAUACGAAAGUGAUUUUAGCGAGUGCCAUGUACUUCAAAGCGGAGUGGGAAAAACCAUUCUUCGACGGUACCACGAAAAGGAAACCGUUCUACACCAAUGGUAGACACGUGAAAAGUGACGUUAUGGUGGAAAUGAUGUCAAACGGUGGCCUCUUUCCGUACUACAAAGACAGGAAACUAAACUGUGAAAUUGUUGGUUUUCCAUACAAAGGUAACCAAACCACCAUGUACGUUGUGAUACCCAACAAUUCAAACAAGGAAAAACUAAAAGAAUUAGAAGCCACGCUAACCACUCCAGAAAUAGAUCGCCUAGUUAGCAAUGUCAAAUACACAGGAGCCAUAAUUAUAUUUCCCAAAAUGAGAAUCGACACCACUAUCGACUUGAAGAAAACCCUUCAAAUGUUAGGAAUGAAAUCCCUCUUCGACCCAUCUCAGUCAAAUUUAGCACUACUUUCUCCCGGAAUUGGAGCUCCUGUUGAAAAUCCGGUUAUCGGUGACUCAUAUCAGAAUCCCAUCUCAGUUGGUAACACCGGAAACGAUGUCAUAAUUUUCAGCAGGUCGGGGGCGCCUGUCAACUGUACACAGAUUUUUGAUCCAACCAGCAAUGUUAACACUUGUGAAGAAGUAGUAAAUGGAACGAACACACCACAAACCGUGACGUACAAGAAGUUCGGUAACAAAGUAGGGCGAAGGAUCGAAAGAAAAAUUACGCCAAGAAUUGCAGAAACUUUAGAUAACAUUCGGCAGUAUUUGAAUCGGCAAAAUGAUGCUGAAAAGUUCGAAAACCCGGGACUGUAUGCAGAUAAUGUCAUUCAUAAAGUUUAUAUGGAUAUUACGGAAUCGGGGACCGAGGCGGCUGCAGCAACCUCCGUUAGCUUGUCAAGGGAUGGAGGCCGAGUUACAGUUAGAGCUGAUGUUCCUUUCUUUUUCUUUAUUAUGCAUGAAGAAACUAAAACUCUGUUGUUUUGGGGAUCUGUAAAUACACCAACUCCUAAUUUUAAAUGAUUCGCGUUUCCAGAGUGAUUGGUGCAGCAGAUGCAAUACUUAUAACUUUAUUUUUCCAUCGGUUAUUUCAAAAUUUCUACCCAUACUUAAACAAGCAAAAAUAAUAAAUAUUGGAAUGUCAAAUAUUUAAACACUUACCAUUACUUUUGCAGAAUUUUAUGAAGAUCGAACUUAAAAAUUAUUUAAAGUGUCUGUGAAGGUAAUAUGAGAGGAUAAAUGGCUACAGCCGUUGUUCAAAACGCUUAGUAAAUAAUAAAAAAAUGUAAUUAUAUUUUUUAUAGGAUAAAAGUGUACAGUAGUUACGAAAGAACAAAUAAUUCAUUUUAGACAGCAGUGAAUAAACAUUGUUUUCAUUUUGUUAAAAACUGGCUCUACUUCCAGCAUAUAACCAUGUUGUCUAAGGCACUCCAGUCUUAUUUGACAACUAUCAAUAGGAAGACAACCAUGGUUCCUUACGAUUUCGUUUCUUUGCUAUUGUCGGAGCUUUAAUACAUGCAAAAAUAUUUAAAUAAUCCGAUUAAUAAGGUGUCUAACUUUCAUAAUACCCUUCUCUACACUAUUAAUAUUGUAAUAAAACAAGUAACCAGUGGACAACAUUAAAAAAGGUAACAGUUUCAAUAAUUUCAUAGUUAAAAUAUAACGUAAGUAUACUCGUACUUGCUCCACUAACGCAUCUUUUUUCCAAAUACCUUAUCUUAGCAGGUCGUUUUUUAGAACAGUUAAGUAUUUCGAGAGAUACAGAUUGACAUUUCGAAUCGAACGUACCUAACAAUUUUUAAACGUUCAAGUCUUAGUUAUGUAUUUAAAUAUCAAAAAAUCAACUUCAGAAUUACACACUUUUAGCUAGUAACGAUUUCCUAGCUGCACUAGUCACAAUGCUUGUAUAUUAUAAAUAGUUAUAGUAGCAUUUUUACAUGACAUUGAGUAAUAGUGAAAUAGUUACACAUGUGCACACAAUUGUGAUAAACUUCUUUUCUUUUUUACCGAUUAUAUAUUUACCUAUUUAUUUUGUUGAUGUGUAAGAAAUAAAAAGUUUUUUUAAUAACAA